GCUUCAACACGGUAAGACACACACACACUCAUACGCCAAUGAAAACUGAUGAUUAUUGCUCAUAUAACAUACGAGUCUUAACGUGAGAAAUGUUAAGAAUAGGGAGAUGUACAUGCACUGUUCAUGAGUGUAUGAUGAAUGCUGUAUUAUAGAUAUAUUUGACGCUGAUGUCGGUCAGAAAUGCUCCUCGUCUUCCUCUGAUCUCUCUGCUCAUGAUUCACGGGGUUUCUAGUGCUGAUUGGGGUGUGAGUUACAGUCCUUCACACAUCUGUGCACUAAAGCACUCCUCAGUGAUAAUGAGCUGCUCUUAUACAUACCCUACUGGAUAUAAGAUUGAGAAAGUGUUCUGGACCAGAAACCCUGAGCAGGGUAAAGAGCCUCCAGAUCUGUCUAAGGACCCUGAAUACAGUCAGAGGCUUCAGUAUUUGGGAGACAAACAGCAGAACUGCACCAUCAGACUGAGUCAUGUGACACAGAAGGACCAACACAAGUACUGUUUCAGAUUCAUCACUGUUAAUGAUAAAUGGAUUGGCACUCCAGGAGUGACUCUUACUGUCACAGAUCUUCAGGUGGAGGCUCCUGAGAGCGUGAAAGAGGGUCAAAAUAUCAAUCUGACAUGUAAAAGCAGCUGCGCUCUGACUGACAGAGCAACAUUCAUCUGGUACAGAAACUCACAGCCAUUUACUGAGAGAAGAGACGGAAACAAUCAACUCCUGCUGCAGUCAGUCAGAAGAGAGGAUGCAGGCAGAUACAGCUGUGCUCUACAUGGACACACGUACAUCUCUCCUGCUGCUCAGCUCACUGUCACCUUUCAUCCUGGUGCUGAUAGGAAUGUGAUUGUGAUCACAGCGACAUCUGGAGGAUUAUUCAUCAUCAUCAUCAUCAUCAUCAUCAUAUGGUUUAUAAUGUGUGUUCAAUUAUAAACUACAUUGACUUCAUA